AUGUCUGAUCCCUAUAAUUACACCGUCGGCUGGAUCUGUGCCACCCCCACGGAGCUUGCUGCUGCCCUUUCUUUUCUCGACGAACGACAUUCCGACCCUGAAGGGAUCGCUCAGAAUGAUAGCAACUGUUAUACUCUCGGUACAAUGGGCAAUCACAACGUUGUGUUCGCCAUCAUGCCUAAGAAUGAGUAUGGAAUAGCAACAGCCACUGCAGUAGCCGUACAUAUGGUCCACAGCUUCCCAAACGUCCGUGUCGGCUUGAUGGUUGGCGUAGGUGGUGGUGCUCCCAGCCAACAACACGAUAUUCGGCUGGGUGAUGUCGUUGUCGGCAGUCGUAUCAUACAGUGUGACUACGGAAAAGCAAUGCAGAACCGAGCGUUUGUGGAAACCGGGUUUUUAAACCAGCCACCGCCAGUAUUGUUAAACGCAGUCGCGAGACUCCAGAUUGACUACAUGAGGGAGGGCCCUGGACUCAAUGUCAAGGUGGAAAGGGCCUUGAGUCAAUGGAAUCGACUGCGAAAGACGCAUUCCCGCCCAUCUGCGAGCACAGAUCAACUAUACAGAUCCGACUUCGUACACCCCUCGGAUUCAUCUGCAGCCUGCUCCCAAGAGUGUUCUGCCAACAUUCCCAACGUGGGACUGGUUGCUUCUGCAAGCCGUGUGAUGAAAAACGCCGAGACAUGGGACAAAUUUUCAAGGGAAAGGGGAGUCUUAUGCUUUGAGAUGGAAGCCGCCGGGGUGAUGAACCACUUUCCCUAUCUUGUUUUGCGGGCCGAAAUCAAGACUCAAAUUGACACUAUGAGUUCCAACAACCACAUCCAGAAACUCAGACAGUGGCUUUCGCCCCCUGACACAUCCACUCAUUACAAUAUUGCGAGAGAAAGCCGACACGAGGGAACCGGGCCAUGGUUUCUUGAGAAGAAUGGGUGCAUGGAUCUCGUAAGCACCCUGUGGCUCCAUGGGAUACCUGGCAGCGGCAAAACCGUUCUCAUCGCUACUGUCCUUGAUCAUUUGGCUCUGAUGGAUGACCUGAUUACGCUCGAAUCUUUCUUCGACUUUAGCGACACAAGCAAACAGAAGCCGGAAGACACAUACCGGUCACUCGCCUUCCAGCUCUACACUAAGCGCAUCGGAUCAAGAAAGCACCUCGAUAGCCUAUUAGUAUCUCAUGACGAUGGUCGAAGACAACCGACGGCGCAGGCCCUUUUCCAAUGCCUUCAGGCGAUUAUACAGGCGCAAGGGAGACUUUGCAUCGUACUCGAUGCUCUAGACGAGUGUAUCAAGAGAUUCGACUUACUCAGGUGGAUAGAAAGCGCCAUUUCUAGCUCGCAUCUCCCCCAUGUCCAGCUUAUUGCUACCGGUCGGCCAGAAAAAGAAUUUAUGUGCGACUUUCGCAAUUGGAUUGGCGAGAGUUGUCUCCCACUUGAUUCCUACAUCAGUAACAGACUCACAAGAAGCAAAGAGUUCAGCCGGUGGGCAUCAACGGCGCAUAUACUGCAACAUAUUCAGGAGGAAGUAGGGGGUAAAGCACAGGGGGUGCUGGAGACAUGUCUUGACCGGGAAAAGCUUGAAGCCGCUAUGGAGCCUCUACCGUCAGAUUUGAAUGCGACCUACGCCCGUAUUCUUCAGAGCAUCCCGCAGAGACGGCGGAAGAAGACAGUUCGACUACUGCAAUUUCUCGUUUACUCCGAGCGGCCCCUGACUCUUAGAGAGUGCAUAGAUUUGAUGGCUAUUCGCGUCGACGGGAGACGAUCCUUCGAUCCAGGAGACCGAGUGCCUGACCCUAUGGACAUUGCCAGAUUUUGCACAAGCAUGGUUGUUCUAACAGAGACUCCGGACGCUGCUUGGGGAGACUACUUGCUACAACUGUCUCAUUUUCACAGGUUCCGGGGGGCCGAACCCCGAAUCAGCAUUACAGAGACAUGCUUAUUCUAUCUCGCAAACGUAGAAGAGAUGGAAGCGGCCGAAAUGAGAAGGCUGUUUCCACUGGCGACAUAUGCGGCAGACAAUUGGAUGAACCAUGCCAGAAUCCUACUGUCAGAUCGGCCAAACGUCAAUGCCACGAGCGACGUGAGGUACUGUACUGCUCUGCAAGCCGCUUCAAUAAGGGGUCACCGAGGGGUUGUUCAAUUGCUCAUCUACGCAGGAGCAAACGUUGACGCCAUAGGUGGCGAAUGCAAUAUUGCCCUCCAAGCCGCUUCAACAGGGGGCCACCGAGAGAUUGUUCAGUUGCUCCUCAACGCAGGAGCAAAUGUUAGUGCUAAGCGUGGUACCUCGUCGAAUGACCACCAAGAGGUUAUUCAGAUGCUUCUAGGCGAGGGAGUAGACGUCAAGGCUAUAGCUAGCACAUACAACACUGCUCUCCAAGCUGCUUCCUUUGCAGGCCACCAAGAGGUCAUUCAGAUGUUGCUCACAUGCAGCUGUCCGAGGCAGUCGUCGUACGAGGUAACGGUGGGGUAUCAAGAGGACAGUUGCGAGUAG